AUGAAAUCCCCGCGGUAUACCAUUUCCCGGCAAAAGGCCUGCACCCAGUGCUCCAACGCGAAAGUCAAAUGUGAUCGCAGAACGGGGAAUGGCCGGUGCAUGAGAUGUGCGCAACGGGGUCUGCCAUGCAGUUAUCUGAACGCGGAUGCCCCAGACAAGUCCCCUAGCAGAUCCCAUACUGAUCGAAUCGAGCCCAGACCUUCAAAUGACGCCAUAACAACAAAUACAAGCUCACCUGGAUGCCAAGAUAGAAUUGACUUCUCCAACCUGGACCUCCUCUGUCCCAUCAAUGCCGAUGAUAUCAGAAACCGCUGGAUUCAGGCCUACACCCCGGUCCCUGGCCAAACCAUCAAACAGUACCCUACCAGUGUCAGCGCUUUUAUCUACCAGAUUUUAAAGUCCUAUGCCGCAGUCGGGGUGCAUGGUCGCGAUACUCUCCCAUUCAUCCAUCCAAAGCAACUGAUCACACAACCGGCGGGCUCACCACUCACCACAUGCUUGAGCCUCGUCCGAAUGUGCUCCAACGCACUUCCAGGCAGCGCGGAUGCCGCGGCCAAUAUUCUCCAUCGAGAGAUGUACAACCUCUACGAGUUGCGAGAGAGAUACAACGACGAGGCUCUCUUCGCUGCAUUCCAAGCUUACCUCAUCUACGCCAUGGUUCUCUUCUUCCGACUCAACCAAGCCUGCAACGACCACUUUCGUACUAUCAUGACCAAUCUCCAGGAUCUCGCCUGUGCCUCGUCUCGCGGAGGACUUAUCUGCGCGGCUGAUCAACGCCGAGCACGACCUCGAUGGGAGGAGUGGAUUGUCGCUGAGGCUAAACGACGGACACUCUACGUGAUGUAUCUGUUUGAUAGCAUCCUUUCUACGCAAGAGGGCCUACCGACAUUUAUAGGCACUGAACUGAGUGGCUUACCGGCACCCGCUAAUCGGCUGCUAUGGCAGGCGGGAACACGAUACGACUGGGAGAGGGAAUAUAAUAUCCACAUGGCGGAAUGGAUGGAGGGUAGUUUGACUAUUGAUGAGCUUUGGCCUACGCCGGAUGAUAUAAGUGAGACUGGACUUGGUAGAUUGCGUGAUAGAGUGGACCGUUGGCUGGAGAAUCUGGAUGAAUAUGGGACUAUGCUUUAUGCGAUUAUGAGAUGUACGCAUGGUGAUUGA